CUGACUCGGAAGCAGAUAAGUCCUUCACUUCCGGAAGCAGCAACGCAGGACCGCAGGAUUCAUCGCGAGCGUUACAGCUCACUGAGCUUCAAUCUAAUUCCCGAGCUGCUUCUAAAAGCGAGGUUCAUUGAUAAGCGUCGGUCGUCACCAAGGAUAAAUAAACGGUAGAGGGUGCGCCUUCAGUUUGCUUCAGGCUGGUGACUGGUUUCUCCAGAGGAGCAGACUCGGAGCAUCAGCAGAGCAGAGCGACCCUCUCCGUGUUAGUGCCUGCUGUUUGGUGGCAAGGGCUAACCAGAGGAGUGAAGCCAUGGACCAGAACAACAGUAUACCUGCCUUCCAGGGGCUGGCUUCCCCUCAGGGUGCCAUGACUCCAGGCAUGCCCAUCUUUAGUCCCAUGAUGCCAUAUGGUACGGGUCUGACACCCCAGCCAGUCCAGAACACCAACAGUCUGUCCAUACUGGAGGAGCAGCAGAGGCAGCAGCAGCAACAGCAGCAGCAGCAGGCGCAGCAGGCACAGCAGGCCAACGCAGGGCUUCCGGGGACAUCGGGACAGACGCCUCAGCUUUUCCACUCUCAGGCAGUAACAGGUUCGACCACCACAGCACUGCCAGGAAACACCCCGCUUUAUAAUAACCCGCUCACCCCCAUGACCCCCAUCACGCCGGCCACGCCUGCCUCCGAGAGCUCCGGCAUCGUACCUCAGCUACAAAACAUAGUAUCGACUGUGAACCUCGGCUGUAAACUGGACCUGAAGACAAUUGCACUGAGAGCCAGGAACGCUGAGUACAACCCAAAGCGUUUUGCUGCGGUUAUCAUGAGAAUACGAGAGCCACGGACCACCGCCUUAAUCUUCAGCUCAGGGAAGAUGGUCUGCACCGGAGCCAAGAGUGAGGAGCAGUCGAGGUUGGCAGCCAGGAAAUAUGCGCGUGUGGUGCAGAAACUCGGUUUUCCAGCCAAAUUCUUGGACUUCAAAAUCCAGAACAUGGUGGGCAGCUGCGACGUGAAGUUCCCCAUCCGGCUGGAGGGAUUAGUCCUCACGCACCAACAGUUCAGCAGCUACGAGCCCGAGCUGUUUCCUGGGCUGAUUUACAGAAUGAUCAAACCCAGAAUCGUCCUGCUCAUCUUUGUUUCAGGGAAGGUUGUUCUCACAGGUGCCAAGGUGAGAGCGGAGAUCUACGAGGCUUUUGAAAACAUAUACCCCAUCCUAAAAGGCUUCCGCAAGACAACGUAGAGUCUCCAGCUCCUGUUUUUAUUUGAAGUCUUUUUGUUUUUAUUUUUUAGACUCGCAUUAGAUUGUCCUUUUAUUGAUCUGUACAGAAAGUUAACUGCUGGAAAAGCUUUUCUAUGAGGAUUCCAACACUUCCUACUUUAUUUGCUCCUUUAGAUUUUUUUUUUCUUGUCUUUCCCAAAAGCAAGAUAUUUAAAGUCUGUUUUUGGAUCACAUGUCAUGGUACAUUUUAAACCUGAACAUUUCUGCUCAUUAUUAGGAAGUCCCCCUCACUUUGCUACAUCCCAUCCUUCAUUGUACAUAAGACUGUAAGAAAAUGUAAAUGUUGACAAGAAAAGAGGCCGUCUGCUGGAGACGACUUCCCGUAUUAUUUUAAAACCGUUUCAUAGUUUUGUACUUUGCAUUUUUAGCCAAUGUUCGCUCUGCUUAAUGUGCGUCGAGGCACGUCUGUCUCGACUGUCACAAACCACAUCAGUCUGCUUUUACUGUUUGAUCCUGGGGUUUUCCACAUCCAGAUCCACUGCCUCCAUAACCAGCUGCUAAAGUCUGAAUAACUUCGAUAAAUGACCCAGUGGAGCAAACGUAGGUCGCCUUUUAAAUUAAAUCGAUUCCUGUUUUCAUUAACCUGCUCGUUGGUGAAGGUUUGAGUCACCUUGUUGGGAUUAUUGGUUCACUUCACGUCCUUCAGUGUGUUUCAUUUUGACCCCAUGUCGACUGGUCAAGCUGGAGCGUCUCGGUUUUUUUUAUCUGGAUUCCCCUGUUAGCAGGUAACCCUCACUUUGGACAUGUGAUAACGGAUUACAAGCAUUGAACCAUAUAUAUUUUCUUUUCACAGUUUCUCUUUUGUAUUCCAUGAGCUGUAUUUAAAAGGUUUUCCUCGAAGGAAUAAUUGGGGAGUUUGAAAUGUUAUGACUGUAAUAGUUUUUUAAGCUGUUUGUUCCAACACAAUUGGUCAGAAAUUAGACUGAAGUCUUCUAAAGUCCGGCACUUGUUGGUAUGUUGAUGUCGGUCAGCUCCAGCUAGACUGAUCCUAAUGAUUAAAACAUGGAUCUUUUAUAUCAACAGUUUUGAUGAUGUUCAGUGAAUUCAAGCCAGUUUCGCUGCCGACGUCUCCUCCUGACAUCUGUGCGGACGGAGGAGAUCGGGAGACUCGUUUCUUCAAUCUGCUUCUGAAUCUGUUAAUGUGCUGCGAUGUGCAUUAAUAAAUGUGUACAUACUGA